AUGCAUCGUCAGCGAAUCACUCUUUUUUCGGCUGCAGACGCCAACGCUAUGGCGCUCCGGGAACGUUCCAGUGUCGUACUGGGCUCUAGUCGUGGUCCCAACCGCUAUGAUAAGCGUGCUCAGUCGUACAGUUUACGCCCAAGCACUACUGUAUAUGGCCAUGAGGGAGAGGACUUUUUUGAUGGAUCGGCUAGUUCUUCGUCCGUUACGGAACGGAGUGGCACGGGUAGUGCAGCUCCGAAUCGCACACGUCUUAGCGUGUCACCAGACCUUAGUAGUGCCUAUGAGGACAUUUUUGAGACAGACUGGGAAGGAUACAUUUGGAAACAGGGACACGUUGUGCGCUCAUGGCGUUAUCGCUACGCUGUGCUAUCGGGCACGACCUUUAGCUACUAUGUGAACAAGGAAAUGGCCAAGACAGACACGGAAAAGUUUCGUGGUCGCGUGACCGUCACAGGCGCAUCGCGUGAUCCUAACCGCUCUAACGGUGUACUCAUUACGACAACAAUCAAUAAGAUCUUUGCCAUGUAUACACGUUCUAGCAUUGAGUGUGAGGUCUGGAUCAAGAUGCUGCAACAGGCCGUGCAGAACACGAAUGGUCAGAAACCUGGGCAAAGCUUUAGUGGCGGAUCCAAUGGACGUGACUCUGACCCCCAAAGUGGUCGCGUGCCUCAAUGGAACCCUAAUGCUAGUGCUACACUUCCUUUUUCAACGGGAAGUUUGUUGUCUCAGACGGUACGGUCGUCAGGAGAUUGGAAAGCUCGUAACUUGGCGACUAUCAAACAGUUUUACUCAAUGUGGACAACUCAGUUCCUGGAGCAAACUGGCGUCGAUGAUUCGGCGGCAAAUCUCAUUUCACUUUUUCCAAUCUGUUCACCCGAGAUGAUCGUUUCAGUCACUUACCCAUGCGAGUUCUUGCCGUCGACGAAGUUUUAUGGACGGGAAGGUCUUGUCGACGUUGUGCUGGGUUUUUCACGCUUCGUGCUGUUCAAAAGAUUUUCUGUGUCUCGAUACAUGACUACGAAGCAGCCAAAUGUGCUACAGGUACUGGCUGCUGGUACGAUUUGGAACAAGUCGCUUCAGCGCGAGUUUACGUUCACUACGCGUGACGAGAUCCAGCUGAGCCCUGGUGGUCGUGUACUGGGUCUUCAGAUGCAGAUUGAAGUGGACAUUGCUGCCUUUCAGAUGUCGGACGCGGAACGGAAGGCUGCCAAGGCGGAGCCACCUAUGUCGAUGGAGGAGGAACGACUGAAGAGCCCAGACAUUAAUUUUGAUAAGUUCCUGGCCUCAAAGACGGCGUCCACGGGCAAUUUCUUCAGCGUUAUUUUUCCAUGGAAAACCCCUCGUAAUCGUCUGCGUCGGGCUAGGUCGGAAAUGGAUUACGAUUCAUUUGGUAAGUUUAGCUACGUGAGCGACACGACCAAUUCGUUUCUCGUGGACGAAGAUGAGAUGCUUGACGCUGCUUUUACAGGCCGUCGUAGCAUUCAACUGCAUACUUUGGCAGGCGAAGCGUAA